CAAACGGCCCAGGCCCAUCAUUUCAGAACAGUUGACAAGCCGUUGCGUUUGUUGCAAGUCUAAAAAAGCUCUUAUUUCAAUUCCAGUUUUAAAUGCUUGGUGAUGAUUUGACAAGUCGUCAUUUUGUUAGGUUUAUUUAUAUACGAUUUUAAUUGAUUCUUUGUUUCAUGUAAGAAUUUGCGUGCAAUCUUGAAUUAGAAUGAGUGACAAAGCGAUUCCGGUUCGAGUGGCAGUAAGAAUUCGGCCAUUAGUACCAAAGGAGAUUACAGAAGGAUCUCAACAUUUUAUCAGUAAAGUUUCAAAUCAACCACAAGUGACUGUCAAAGGUUCAAGUGAAGCUUUCACCUACGAUUACGUCUUUGGCCCAGACGAAAGUCAAAGCCAAGUGUACGACACUGCUGUCACUAAAAUUGUGGGAAAAAUUUUCAAAGGUUAUAAUGUAACAAUCCUUGCUUAUGGCCAAACUGGCUCGGGCAAAACUUUCUCAAUGGGAACUGCAGACACAGCGAGUGCUUCAAGUGCAACUUUAUCACAAAGCAGUGGAAUUAUUCAACGGGCUGUCAAAGAUUUGUUUCGAAAGAUGAAUGAAGAUGGGAACCUUUCGUUUGAAAUCAAUGUGUCAUUCUUAGAGCUCUACAUGGAGAAGGUUUAUGAUCUCUUAUCGAAAACUAGAAAUGAAGAAGUGGAGAUACGAGAGGAUCCCAAAAUUGGAAUAAGAAUUAAUGGUUUAAAUGAAACAGCUGUUACCACUUGGGAAGAAACAUUGAAGUGCCUUGAAAAUGGUUCCUUGAACAGACGCACUGGUGCAACGGCUAUGAAUCACCAGAGUAGUCGAUCACAUGCCAUUUUUACCCUCACAAUAAAUCAGAUUAACAAAGAGAGCUCGUCAACGAUUAAAACGUCUAAGUUUCAUCUGGUUGACCUCGCUGGUUCUGAACGGGCUAGCAAAACGCAUGCGGUUGGAGAAAGAUUCGCUGAAGGAGUAAACAUCAAUAAAGGGCUGCUAUCUCUUGGCAAUGUAAUUAGUGCCCUAUGCGAAAACAAUCCUAGACACAUUCCUUACCGAGAUUCUAAGCUCACACGCCUUCUUCAAGAUUCUCUCGGUGGGAAUUCUCACACACUGAUGAUCGCCUGUGUGAGUCCAGCUGACUCCAACUACGAGGAAACUCUUAGCACCCUGCGAUAUGCUGACCGUGCCAGGAAAAUCAAGAACAAACCAGUUGUCAAUCAGGACCCGACAAUGGUAGAAGUAAUGGCCCUACGAGCCCAAGUUCAACAACUCUUGGCAUCCAAUGGAACUUCAAGUUUUGCUGAAGUCGAGCAACUUCGUCAGCACCUCAAGUUUGCUGAAGAAGAGAAGGUUCAACUCACUCAUGCGUUACAGUUGGCGUUGGAAGAAAAUACAAACAUGUGUGAGAAAGCACUUUUAGCUGAUGCAGCUAACCAGCAAAUGAAGCAGAGACUCGAAGAGUUGCAGGUUCAAACUGAACAAACCCUUGGAGCUAUGAAUCAAACAAUUAACGAAACGGGCGAUUUGAACGCAACAAAAACCAUAGAACAAGUGUUGAGUCUAAAGUCAAAAAUUGAAGAAAUUCAAGAUGUCCAACGAAAGGGCGAGAUCGAGCAAGUCAAUCACGAUAUGCAGACAUCCAAUGAUUCUGACAAAGAAAACAAAGAAAGCGAUUCUGAAUCGACACAAUCUCCUAAACGCCUGUCAAAGUUGGGAGCCGAUAUGGCGUUACGUCAAGCUGCCCUAAGUAAUGAUCUCAAAGAACUAAAUGCCCAACUUGCCUUAAAAGUUCACAUGGUCAAUAAAAUGACUCAAGACCAACAAGGCCCGUAUAGUGUUGUAAAAGCUCAUUAUGAUGCAACAGUAAGCGAAUUGGAGAAUCAAAUCGCUGCUUUGCAACAAGAAAAAGAUGAAUUGGCUAGUCUAUUAGCACAAGCUAGUAGUAAUGUCAAUGCUUGUAAAAUUUCCGAGCAGAGAAGGAAACGGCUCCAAGAACUGGAACCGCAGAUUAGCGAACUGAAGAAAAAGAUCCAGGAGCAAGCAAAUAUAAUCAAGCUUAAACAGAGAACGGAAGAGCAGUUGAAAAAAUUCAACAACGAGAUUCAAGGAAUGAGAACCCAGAAGGUUAAGCUUGUUCGCCAAAUGCGCGAAGAAAACGAAAAAUUCAGAUCGUGGCGUCAGCAAAAAGAACGCGAGGUCACUCGUCUUAAGGAUCAGGACCGAAAGCGCCAAGGGCAGCUUCAGAAAAUGGAAGUUUUACAUGCCAAACAACAGAAUGUUCUUCGCCGUAAAAUGGAAGACGCUAUGGCCGUUACAAAACGUUUAAAAGAAGCACUUUGUUUACAUUCUUCAAAAUCAAUCAGCAAGUCCUCAAGUUCAGCAACUUCAACCGAAAACGAUCAACGAAUCAAGGGUUGGCUGUUGGGAGAACUCAAUUUGCUUACUAAGACCAAAGACGCUGAAUUGGCUUUAGAGUCCUUGAAGGAGUCUCGCCGAACUUUAGCCACACGCCAGGCCAAACUUGAAGCUAAACUCGCAGAUCCGGAGCACAGUGCAACUUUCCUCAACACACUCAAAAGUGAAAUCGCUAAUGUUGCAGCCGAUAUAGACUUGCGUAGCGAGCAAAUUAACGAACUAAAUCAGAAAAUUGCAGCUGCAGAUUUAGAUAACAAAGCUAAAACUCGAUUUGAUUAUCUUCAGACAAUGAUUGAAGCUAAAGUAAUGUUUUCUUAUACUAUCUUAAAAAAGCUAUUAUCUAAUGACAAAUUUUUGUUACUUUUAAAGAUUGCUUUGAAAAUCUUGCUUGAAGAAUCUGUGACGGCACGUGUCGAAACAUUUUCGCUUAGUUCUGAAGUAGAAGAUUUGAGAGGAGAGCUUGACGAUCUCCAGCGUCAACACGAUGAAGCGUUACACGAGCUUUCCAAUAAUAAUCUGGAGUGCGUGCAAGUGAAGCAAAAGCAUCAUUCGGAAAUGAGCAAGCUCAGCCGCGAUUACGAGGAGAGAAUGCUUACUCUCAUUAGACAACUUCCACCAGUUGGGUUGAAGGAAUCGGCAGAUCAUAAGAUAAGUGAAAAGGAUUUUCUGGAACGGUUGAGAAUACAACAAGAAGAACUUGAGCGUUGCAGUACCUUACAAGAGCAAUUACAUGCGGCGUUAAACGAAAUCGAAAUGCUGAAGCAGCCGAAACAGGAGGAAUCUACGGAAAUGAAGGCCCCACAAUUUCCUUCCAAACUGAAGAAGCCUAAAACGGUGGCGCCUAAGCCGAAUCGUGUUCAUGUGGAUAUCGACGAUGUCGAGGAAAUCGAUGAUUACAAUUCAGAUGACGAUCCUGAAUGGCGCAACACUCCCAUGGCUAAAAGAAUUAGAAAACUCAAAGAGGAGGACGAAGCGGCCCCACCGAAAAUGCUUGAUAUGGACAAGCAAGUUAAAAAAGUUGGAAAGAGGUUGAGUCGCACCCAUUGCUCAUGCACAGUUGGUGGCUGCAGAAGUUGUUCCUGCACAAGGGAAAAUCGCCCAUGCAAUGCUGACUGUGGAUGUAGUGCUUCGGGAAUAUGUAAAAACAUGGCAACAGAAAAUGUUCUAAAAGAAGACCAAAACCGGGAUAUACAAGAAGAACAAAACCACUUGUUGAAUGAAACGUUUGAUUUAGGCCGUAAGAGAAGUCAACCGUCUUCUAAAGAAAAUUCCAGAAACGGCGACGAUGUCGAAAAUGAUUUGUCGGCAACGCAGCCAUUGAAGAAGAGUCGCAUAGGAUUGAGUAAAUUAACAAAGAAAGGAGGUUUCUUCGAAUCAUGAUUAAAAUUUUUUUUCUUUUUUUUUUCUUUUAAAGGGGUUUCUUUUAAUAAUGGGUCAUAAAUACACAAGGUUUUCGUAACAAUA